GGCACAGAGCCACACGCGGGGUCGCGGCUGAGAAGAUCUUGGCAGAAAUGAUGCGACCAAUGCUGGAAAAGAGGAUCAGAAGGAAGAUCCAGCACCGCAAGAGCUGCCCUGCAGCCAUCCCAGAAUGCCCACCAGAGUCCAAGGCACUCUCAACUGCACAUGUGAUCUCCAUGCCGGAUGAGGGCACCAUCUACAAGGAUUGUAUCCACGUCACGGAGGAGGACCUCCGUCGUUAUGGCACCGACAUCGCCAAGCUCCGACAACAUCAGGUUCAACCGUGGGAGCGCCAUCAUCAUGCCAGGGAGCUCAGCUUUGGCGAAGCCUUUGAAGUCGACUGCCGAAAACCCGCGGAGGUGUUGGAUCCCUGGCGGAACAUCCCGGAACCCGAGCGCUUGCGGCCGCCCAAUGAAGGUGACCUCUUUCUGAAUCAAGUGGUGCCCAAGUCGCCCAACAAAGUCCAAGAGGAAGAUGAGGCAGAAGCUGAAGAUCGACGCCUCAGCAAGGCAGGGUACAAGCGCAUGUCCAGCAACAUCAGCGCUGGGAGCGCCUCCACAGCUGUCUCCACGGCCGCGCCCAGUGCGCCCUUGAGCCGGGCCUCCUCGAAGGAAUCGGCAGGGAAGACAGGUCUCCAGCGUUCCAUGACACUUCCUCCGGUGGCGCGAAGCAGAUCCCUGGUCUUGGCUGGUGCGACACUGGCAGGAUGACGCGACGCCGAUGCCAAUCGAUGCUGGGCUGGGCCCCUGGGCUGUGAAAAACACAGCGUUCCAGAGCCACAAUGACAAGUCCGGUGAAGUCCACUGAGCCAGUUAUGAUUGCACAUAACAUAUAUAUA